AAGUAAGACUGUAAAACAGAAAAAGGUAACUUUAGGGUCCUUACCAAAAAGUUGAAAAAAAGUUUGAAACCCUGUUAGGGGAUUAGUGCUACACUAUACAAUGAAUCCUGAGAGACAUUUCAACAUCAACAUUAAUGUGAACAUUACUCAACAUAGUAAUGUGUAAGGCUACCACCAUUUAUUUAUAAUUGGAUGACUAUGCACUACUAACAAGCUACAUACUAACUGUUGGUCAAAUGUUUGAGUGAGCUGGUUUAUGGAAAACUGCAAUGUUUACAUAGCUAGUGACACUGAUGAGUUGAACCAUCGCAGAGGGAAUUCAAGCUAUGACGUUGUAUGGGCAUCUUACAAAAAUAGUCCAAGCCAUACAUGGUAAAGUCUUUGUGAUUACCUCUUCUAAAGAGGGAUAAUUAACUUUAGAACUUCCAUCAAAAAACACUAGACAAUCUCUGCAGAGAAUUUGUGUAUGGCAGGAGCUGAUGGUGUUUGGACACAGUACUCAAAAUGUAAAUGUUUUUAAACCAAUAAAAACAAACAAAAAAACUCAAACCAAAUUGGAAACAUUGUUCGAAACUUGCCUAAUGUGCUCCUUAAUAGAACUGGUUUAUACUGGAAAUCCAACAUUGCUCUUAUAGACAGCUUGUUCUUUGUAAAAGUGAAGUGCCACACCCAGAGGCCACGGGGUCUUGCGCAGUUCAGCUGGCUCGGUAUCAUAUUUUUGCCAUUGUGCAACUGGUCUGGAGUCAGAGGGGUUACUGAAGUAGCAAAACAUUAGACAGGACAAACUUAAAUAAGAGAACACGGAGCAAAAUAAAGCUACAGCUAGCUACUAUCUAACAGGACAGCCCAGCCCUGAGCAUACCACCAGUCUUUGCGUGUGAGUGCUGCUUUUGUGACAGGAUGUAGAGUAUCUGCCUGCCAGGAUGAAUGUCCCACAUAUGCAUGCUCGCAUUCUUGCAGAUGUAAUAUAAGAUCAAAGUGCACUGUGGUCCAGAUUAAAGUGUGAUGCAUCAGAUUACACAUCUAUAAAUUAGCCACUAGAAGGAGCACAUUUUAAAAAUCUGUAAUCAGAUUUAACAAUGAAUUAAAUAAAUACAUGUUUGCUUAAAUCAUUGUGGAACAAAGAAAGAUGAGGUUUGUGCCAAAUCAAAGUUAAGAGUUUUCUGUGUAGGCAUGUAUGUUUGUUUUUCAGCAAGAAUGGUAAAUAGCAAUAAAGAGUGACUUAAGAUAGAAAUGGGCAAGCAGUUAAAAUGCCUAAAUGCCCCAAACACAAUCAGAUAUGAAUAAUAACAAAUAAUAAUUUUGAAUAAUAAUUGUGACUAGUCCUGGAACACACACAAAAAAAUCUGCACAAUUUUGUGCUUUUCAUUAACUUUGUAAAGGAAUAUGUCUAGACUGGAAGUUUUUCUGAUAGGGGUUGGUGAGCAUACUGUACAGAAUGUACACUAUGAAGAUAGUAGAUUAGUGGUUACAUAGUGCUCUUCUUGAAAUGUAUUCUGCGUAUAUAGAAAUGUAUAUUCUAUAACUUUAAGAUAUAUACUAUAUUCCUCAAAAGCUUUGAUAAUUCUGUCACUUCUGAAUGGGAAUCUCAUACGCAUGUUAAAGCAGUGCCUCUCUCACAGCACAAAGGGAGGUGGUCCUCCACUGUCUCCCUCUCUCCCUCUCACACUGCUCAGCAGACCUACCAGAUCCUCUUACUGAACACACCAGAAUGUGGCUGUCUGUGCUCUUUGUGUGGGGAAAUCUGUUAAUGUUCGCUGCUUCUCAGAGCUGUGGGGAGACAUCCAAGGAUACUGCUUCAUGGGUGAGGCUAAAACCUCUGGGGCAGUGCAGAGAUGGGGAGAACAUGUGCCCGUACAGCAUCACCCUCCCUCCACUCACUAUCCAGCUGCCCAAGCAUUUCAGGGACCUGGAUAAGAUGGCCAGAGAGCUGCAAAGCCUGACACUAAUGGUGAACCAGCUGAGGGAAGAAUGUCAGGAGUGCAGAGGGAGGCAGAGACCAGAGUGGAGUGUAAGGACAGAUGAUGGAGGGAAGGCUGGAGAAAGGAUUCAAGCUUCCAGGGGCACUGUCAACACCAGAGAGAGACAGCACGACUUACAUAAGAGGGUGAGGAUCGUCCAAAGCACCACGCCAAACUCUGCAGGGGAAGACACUAUGCUCAUCAGCAGUGGCACAAGGGAGGUAAAUCGAGUUAUUGGAAUACCAGGGUGGAACAUGAGUCAAGAGAGGAACAUGAAGACAAGUAGCUCUGGACAAAGGGCUGAGAGCAGUGGAGGGCCACAAAGAUCUAACCUUUCACAUGUGGAGAUGGCAGCCGAGAGCGUGAGUGAGGUAAGAGACCUCCACUUAUUUACAGGUGAAGAAAUAGUAAAAGAGUUGGAGUCUCCAAGAGCUAAAAUGACUGAAUCACCUUUGCUAGGAAACCAAGAUGAGAAACAACUUACAAACUAUGAAAAAGCCAGUACAGGAAGGGUAGGGCAUGGAAUGAACACCAGUGGAACCCUGACUACACCAGGCAACAUCCCUGAAAUCAGUGUAGUUACUAUGGUUUCAGAAAAUGUUGACACUGAAACAAAGCAGGUCAGUCCACCAAAUAAGGAUGAAGUGAACAAGAGAUUACAUGGAUUUCCUCGACCAAUGAAUAUCAACAGAAAAGAAGGCCAGCUGAAUCCAAAUAUUGAGAACAGAUUAAAAAAUCCAGGUGGAAUGAGAAAAGUGUAUUUACCUGUCAGGGACAGGCCAGUACAGAGUACUGCUAGAGUUCCACUGAGGACUGGCAAUGGAAGGCUAAAUGGAAAAACACCACAAAUAGCUGACAGAAGAGGCAAAAUUGGUAGUGGCUGGACUGGAUUGAAUGAGGACAUAAACAGACCAGAUGUAAUCAUAAAAACUCCACUCAGAAUAGUCAGCAAAAAAAUUUCAGGAGAAAAAAAUCCAACGACCAGUGUCAAUGCUCAAAAUAACAGAGAAAUAGAGCUAAAUAGAACUGAAACCUUUCCAAUCAUGAAGCAACAGGAUGAAAACAAAGAAAAAGUAAGUGAUAGUGGGGUAAACCAGUUAAGAACUUUUAGUCACGAUGAGGCUGAUAAAGUAAAUGUGGGACGUUAUGCCAGUAUCGCGCAAUAUCCAACUGCUGAAAAUAAAGGCAGCAAGAAAAACAAUAACCACAGAGCUAGAGGUCUUGAGCAAAAGCCAUUAAAGCCCAGCAAAGAUGUAGAGUGGGACACAGGAGCAGUUCUAAAUCCGGUUGUUACAGUUAAGACAGUCAGUGGACUAGAGAAGUCACAGUUAUAUAUUCCAGACAAGGCUGAUUCCAUUGAUGCAGGUCAUACAAAUCCAGACACUCUGGACAGUAAGUCUGAAAGUCCGUUCAGCCUUAGCAUGAAUGUAGAGAGUUACACUACAAUGGAUCUGAACCGAUUUAACAGAACUGAGACAGACAGUGAACUAGAUAUGUCAGUAAUAUCAGAGAAUGCUGAUCCCAUAGCAAAUAUAAGCCAUACCAAUACACAGAUUAUGGACAGAAACUCUAAAAGCACAUUCAACCCCAGCACAGAUGCAGAGAGUAAAACUGAAAUGCUUUCAAAACAAGUUAACACAGUUAAGACAGAUGGUGGACUGACGAGGACAAGAAAAAUCAUCUCAGACUUGUCUGAUGCCAUAGUAUCAGUAAGUGAUACAAAUCCACAAAGCCUGGACAAUAAUCAUGAUCUAUCCAAAGGUCGGUCAUUGCUAAAACCAGAAUUUUCCAUCACUAUGCCAAACAGUGGAGAAAUUAAUAGUUCAAGCCACAUCAAUGCACAAACUGAAAGAAAACAUAUGCUAAGGAUCAACAACACUGUACCCUUGAAUACGCAUCCUGUCAAGCAAGCUCCGUUUACUAAUAGAAGAGAUAAGAGCACAAUAAGAGGUAAGCAAGGACCACCUGUUGUGGGUCAGAAAAGGAUGGCUAGACCCUCGCCCAGUGGCCUGCUACCUCUGAGGAGUCCAGUAGCAAAACAUUAUUUGAACCAUACAAUGAAUUUCAGCCAAGGAAAACAACUGAAUCCUCCCAAUCUGAGAAUGGUGAAAAAUGUCACAAGAGUAAAUCCAAACCAUGUGGAAGGACCAGAAAGAACCCACCCCACCAGAGGUAUUUUAGAUAAAAACCCCAAAUUGAGAAAAUCACAUGUUUUGGAAAGAAGGCCAGGAAAUGAAAAUGUGCAGACACCUUUAAAGGUUUUUACCUCAGGUGAAGCAAAAAACACCAGUGGAGAGACUGAGAAUAUGGUGGGCAUAAUGAAGAGUGGAAGCAGAUAUCUUUAUUCUCAAGAUGGUCCCACUACAUCCCGCCCCAAACAAGAGUUCAAGAGCAGGGAAUAUGGCUUGACUCGGUCAAUCAAACCCACUGUGGCAAUGCAUACCAUUGUGGACCAAGCCCAUGCACAAAAUAACAAAACUGUUCCUACAGUAGAGGCAUUACAUUCAUUGAUAUAUUUCCAAACUGAAAACACCUCACAGAGCAUGGAGACAAAGCUGUUUCAUGUAACAAAACCCAAAAAUCCUGGAGGAAAGAGAGAGCUGGAUACAAUUACACAUGGUGUCAGGGAUGACAAUGUCGAGACAGUAUUGAGUCAUGACACAGUGAACCAUGACAGUGAUGAUAACAGAGGAAGAGCCUCACUGCAAGUUGUGGGGAAGACUGAAGAAACUGACAGAAGGCAGAGAGCAAAACCGUUCAUGGCCAACAAUGUAGGCUCCAAUCAGGACAAUGCCAAGGCACCUUUCAAAGUAGAAACCCCACCAAGCUCCAGUGGAAACAUUUUGCUGACAGUGAAGAGAGAAGGCAGCAAGAGGAAAGAGUUAAACUAUCCAACUACUGUGGACAUGCUGUACACUAUAAAACCAUUGACUAAAGAUAAAGAAGGACCAGUGACUCAGUUCACCACUCCCGCCGCAUCAGCAACAUAUUUUAUGGAUCAAGAUUAUGUGGAAAAAGUUGAAACUACUCCUGGAGUAAAGGUCUCAGACACACAUGUUCAUUACAGAUUCAAAAACUCCAGUGAGGAUGUAGAGUCCAAAACUUUGACUGAGAAAAUAUCUGAUCAUGACAGAGGAGAUAAACAGUCAGAUCUUGAUUUGCAGAGUACAGGCAAAGCUGGAGGACCCAGUGAUGAGACAAUGUUACAUCCCAACACUGCAGACAGUGUCCAAAAGAGAGCAAUUGGCUCGAUCCCUCUUGUUAUGGACAGAAUCAAGGAUAGUACAGUGGCAAAGGGCUCAGCCCCAUCUACAGAGAGCACACAAAUUUACCAUAAAAACAGCAAAUAUUCAUUUACAACCUCUAAAUCGAUAGAGAACAAUAAUUCAUACAAUAACGGGAACGCCUAUCCAGUGGCUGUAGGCAGGACUGGGGAUAAUCAAAGGAUGAAAGACAUAAUAGCACAGAAAACCACAGCUGAGGGCAGCAGUAAGGAAAAUAAGAAGAGACCAUUCACUGGUAUCAAUGUGGAAGACAGAGAUAACUUAGAGACCCAGCUGCUCAACACCUGUCAGGGCCAGUGUGACCAAAGACCGACUCUUCAGCCGACACUCAGCACUCGGAGAUCAUUUGAAACUGACAGAGAUAAACAACAAGAUUGUUCAGAUCUCAAGAAGAACAUGAAGAAUGGUGUUUACAGCAUGACACCAGUAGGAUCAAAGCAUGCCUCGUUCCACGUCUUCUGUGACAUGGAGGCCUCUGAUGGGGGCUGGACUUUGAUUCAGCGUCGUCUUGAUGGUACUAUCAGCUUCAACCGCACCUGGGAUGAAUACAAGAAGGGUUUUGGCAGCUUAACAGGCGAGUUCUGGCUAGGCAACGACAAGAUCCACUGGUUGACAGCAGCUAGAGCCAUGGCACUGCGUCUGGAGCUCGAGGACCUGGAUGGGAUAAAGGAAUAUGCCCAGUAUGAUGACUUUUAUGUGGCCAACGAAAGCCUAAACUACCAGCUGACUAUAGGAGAAUACUCAGGCACUGCUGGAAAUGCUAUGCAACACAGCAAAAGGUUUAACCACAACCAGAAGUACUUUUCUACUCCAGACAGGGACAAUGACGAGUAUCCCUCAGGAAACUGUGGGGCCUAUUACAGUUCUGGAUGGUGGUUUGAUGCAUGCAUGGCUGCCAACCUAAAUGGAAAGUAUUAUCAGACGAGAUAUAAAGGAGUGCGCAAUGGCAUCUUUUGGGGCACCUGGCAUAAUAUUUCCAAUGAGUACUACCCGACUAACGACAGACAGUCUUUUAAGACUGUCAGAAUGAUGAUAAGACCCAGAGAAAACUCAGUGUUAGAUGUUUAAAGAUUAAAAAUAAAAUAAAACACAGAGGCAGCUGUUCUUUUCCUCUUCAGGAGAGACUUUGUACAUAGAGUAGAUCUACUUGGAUAAGUUCCAAUUAAAUUCUUUCUUCCUCUAGUGGACUGUUAAACAAUGUUUUAUUGCUAUUCUGCGUCACCGUUUAUAUAGGACAUUUGUUGCUUCUUUGGAUUUUCAGAAUUUGUAACAUAUACAUUUUACAAUGCUGAAUGCCAGAUCAGACUUAGAAUAAAUAUCUCUUAAGGUUACUUUGUAAGGACAUACAAUGUCCUUAUUACACUGGGAAACAAAAUUUUAACUCGUUUUGCUUCCCAAACAUAAGGCUGUUAUUACAUUUCAGAUAUGGACAAAUGUAUGAUUUUUGCCUACAUUUGGCCUCAGGAACAGCCCCGUUCACUGUCCAGCAGUAGUCUGUCAACAUACAGGGGCUCCACUUUCUUUGGUACCACUUUUCCAUACUAUACAUAACGAUACAUGUAUAUUGAACAACAACGACUAUGGGUGAGAGAAAUUCUGAAAACAUUUGGAGCCGGAGUGUGAAAAUACACAAAGCAAAAUCAUUGUUGACCAGUGUUAUUAAUGUUACUGCUGAUGAUCAAUAAUAAUUAGACAAAUUAAUGGUAGCUAAGACUUGGUAAGCUGUAAAAUUUACCGGCAUUCAGUUCAUUUAAAAAUGUUUUCUCUCCCCCAUGACUGAUAAAUAUAUAUUUAUACAGUCACUGUCAUACCAAAGAAUCCUGCAUCCAGAAGAUAACCUUACCUGAAGAAAGUAAAAUUUCACUCCAUAUAUAUUAAAAAAUACCUCCCUUGAGACAGAGCUGGGAUUAGGUAAGUCAUUCUUCAUGUUAUUUCUAAAUAAUUUGACUGUGGUAAAUUAAAAAAAAAACAAUGAAAAGAAAACCCUACUGGAUAAAGAAACAGAGGUUUUACUGUACGGUGCUUUUUGAUUCAUUGUUUUUAAUUCUGAUCCAAUUAUUUUUGUUAAAUAUAUAAACUCAAUUGCAUGAACAAACAGCAUAACUUGUUUUUAAUACAAUGAUAAAAAUGAAGAACUUCUGUUAGGCAACAUGAACAUUGUAGCAUAAACCGCUGUUUUGUCAAUAUUGCUGUAUUGAUACAGUCAUACAGUGCCUCCAUGUUAAUUCCUUUCCUUGUACAUUUCCAUGUUUACUUCAUUAGUGUGCUCUAGCUUGACUUUGCAUAGACAUUUAUGAUAUUUCAUUAUUACAAUUUUUACACCCAUAUUUUUUCUUCUAGUUAACCUCUGGUCCAUUCCAAACCAGAAUUACAAAAUAUGUUGAAUGUUUAUUAUUUGUGAACAUAUUUUAAAAUUAAUACCUCCAAAUAUGAAGCAUUUCCUUCUACCAAAAAAGACAAGUUGAAGAGGAGGUAGAGGGUGGAAUGCUGUAAAAUAAAAUCAAGUCAAAUAAAAUCAACAUCAAACAUUCAAAA